AUCAAAAACUGCAAGCUCACUCUUCUUGGUCUUAUAAACAUUAUUGUAUACAUGUACAUCUACAUUCCAUGAUGGAGCCAUCACAAAUUGUCCAGGAGCCUCAGGCUGCAGCUACAGACACAGCCAAACCUGAGAUUGUUGUGCAGGAUAAUGAGGAGGAAAAUUCUACCUCAAUAACCACCCAAGCUCCCGAAGCGACUGCCACUAGUGAAGAGGCACCAAAGAAAAAGAAGAAAAAGAAAAAGAAAAAACCUGCUGCAGAACGGCCAGAAGAAGAGACCACAACUGGAGGUGUAGCUGAUUGCAAGACUACUGAUGAACCAGUGGAAGGAGCAGAAGCUAGUGAAGCCACAAAGAAAAAGAAAAAGAAGAAAAAGAAAACUGGAGGAAGUGAAGAAGACUAUCUACACCCUCUCACUAACCCAACAGACAUUCGACUGUUGUUUUCGGACAGUUACCGUGAGCCCACUGAGCCCAGAGCAACUGUGAGACAGACUAAUCCGCCCACCGUACCCAUCACAACUCAAUACCCUGGGGGAGAGUAUCCCCAGGGUAUGCACAUGCCAUACACUGACGACCAGGUGGCGUCCCAGCGGUUCACUAGUGAAGAGAAGAGAGCACUGGAGAGGACACAGCUGGACAUCUACUCGGACUUUAGGAGGGCAGCCGAAGCACACAGACAGACUCGCAAGUUUAUGCAGCGCUGGAUCAAGCCUGGGGUGAAGCUGAUAGACAUGUGUGAGCUGCUAGAAGACACUGCCAGGAACAUGGUGGAGGCCAAUGGUCUCAAGUCAGGUCUUGCAUUCCCUACUGGGUGCUCGAUCAACCACUGUGCUGCCCACUACACACCAAAUGCUGGGGACAACACUGUACUGCAGUACGAUGACAUCAUGAAGGUCGACUUUGGCACACAAGUGAAUGGGUACAUCAUUGACUGUGCCUUCACGGUGGCCUUCAACCCAAAGUUUGACCCCCUAAUGACUGCAGUCAAGGAGGCUACAAAUACCGGCAUCAAAGCAGCUGGCAUUGAUGUGCGUCUGUGUGAUGUGGGGGAGCAGAUCCAGGAGGUGAUGGAGUCAUAUGAGGUAGAGCUAGAUGGGAAGACACAUCAGGUCAAGCCCAUCCGUAACCUCAACGGUCAUUCGGUGGGGCAGUACAAUAUACAUGCCGGGAAGACUGUCCCCAUUGUGAAGGGUGGUGAUGCCACUCGUAUGGAAGAGGGGGAGUUCUAUGCAAUCGAGACGUUUGGCUCGACUGGUAAAGGAUUGGUUCACGAUGACAUGGAAUGCUCUCACUAUAUGAAGAACUACGAGGUCGGCCAUGUUCCACUGAGACUUCAGCGAGCAAAGUCGCUGCUCAACGUCAUUAAUCAAAACUUUGGCACUCUCGCAUUUUGUCGGAGGUGGCUCGACAGAUUGGGUCAGACCAAAUAUCUGAUGGCCCUGAAGAACCUUGGUGACUCUGGUAUAGUAGAUGCCUACCCUCCGCUGUGUGACAUCAAGGGCAGCUAUACAGCGCAGUACGAACACACCAUACUGUUGAAGCCAACUAGCAAAGAAAUUGUUAGUAAAGGAGAAGACUAUUAACUUUGUAAUUUAUGAAUUGUUCCAUGUGUUUCUUUAAUAAUUACCUCUAUUUAA